UCUCUACGCCACCCGCCGUUGAUUGGUCAUCUGGCCGCCGCUCUGUGCGGCGCCGGCUCCGCCCCCGUCGGGUGUUUGUGGUGGGGCUGCGGAGUCGCCGAUCCCGCCGGAAGCGCCAGGACAAUGGGGACCCGGGACGACGAGUACGACUACCUAUUCAAAGUGGUGCUUAUCGGAGACUCGGGUGUGGGGAAGAGCAACCUGUUGUCGCGCUUCACCCGCAACGAGUUCAACCUGGAGAGCAAGAGCACCAUCGGCGUGGAGUUCGCCACCCGCAGCAUCCAGGUGGACGGCAAGACCAUCAAAGCGCAGAUCUGGGACACGGCCGGCCAGGAGCGCUACCGCGCCAUCACCUCCGCCUACUACCGCGGCGCCGUGGGCGCGCUGCUGGUGUAUGACAUCGCCAAGCACCUGACCUACGAGAACGUGGAGCGCUGGCUGAAGGAACUGCGGGACCACGCCGACAGCAACAUCGUCAUCAUGCUGGUGGGCAACAAGAGCGACCUGCGCCACCUGCGGGCCGUGCCCACCGACGAGGCCCGAGCCUUCGCAGAGAAGAACAACUUGUCCUUCAUUGAGACCUCGGCCUUGGACUCCACCAACGUAGAGGAAGCUUUCAAGAACAUCCUCACAGAGAUCUACCGCAUCGUGUCGCAGAAGCAGAUCGCAGACCGCGCAGCCCACGACGAGUCGCCCGGCAACAACGUGGUAGACAUCAGCGUGCCGCCCACCGCCGACGGACAGAAGCCCAGCAGGCUGCAGUGCUGCCAGAACCUGUGACUGCGCACGCGCCGAGCGUGCGCCCCGGCCCUGUCCGCAGCCCGUCCCCGCACUGUCCUCCCGCCCUCCCCGCCCCUCUGUGACCGGCUCCCACCCUCCGCUGAGCCCCGUGCAGCCAGGCCGGGGUCUGGGGAGAACAGGAGCCGAGUGCACCCCAGUGUCGCCCGAGGCAAGCUAGAAGGCCUGCUCUGUGCCCGCUCUCCGGGGCCCCGGGGCGCAGCGGCAGGGCCGGGAGGGUGGCGGCGUGGCCAGGGCCGGCCAGCAGCCAGGAGGCGCGCGCACCGAGCAGGCUUCUCCAGCUCCCCACGGCAGACUGCGGGGGGUGGUGGCCUCUCCCUCUCUGGCCCCCGGCCCCCACCCACAUCCCUCCUCCAGGCUGCAGCCCGAAGAGCAAGGCACCAGGGGGCCGGGCAGGCGGACACUUGGCCUCGGCACCGCUGCUCCCCCACGCACAGCCAGCACCGCACGCCUCGGACAGCUCCUGCCUGUAGAUUUACGCUGGGGCAGACUCUCCCACCGCCCUCUGCACGUGGCGCGCGCUCCGCUCACCCCGUGCCCUUCUGUCUUGUCUCCCUGUCUGGUCAGGAACCCGUUUGCAAGUGAAGCAAUAUCUCCGUGUUUUGUAUAUAUAACUGCUCUGGUAGCCUUUGGUUUUUGUUAUUGUAGAGAAACACAGACUCUUUAUACACUUUGUAAGAUUUACGCCAAACCCUAGCUCUCGAUCUCUUAUUCUCCCUGUGGCCCGGCGCUGUUGCCCUGCCCCCUGGCCCCCGCCGUUACUGAAAUGUAUAAUCGGACUCCGUACA